AUGACAAGUGACAAUAAAGUAAUGAUAGAAAUUGCUGGUGAGCAUAACCACCUUGUAGAUUCUACUAAAAAAAUCGAGAGGCAAGUUCUAAGGGAAAACUGUAAACGUAAAGCUACAAGUUCCAUUGCUACCCGGCCAAUAAAAAUAAUUAGAAGUCAACUUAUGAAUAGCGUUAGUACCGAGUUAGAAUAUAAUGAUAUAAAAUCAGUUAGAAAGGCUAUGUAUAUUCAACGAAGAAAAAACUUUCCUCGUUACCCUUCAUCUUUAGAAGAUGCCAUUACGCAAUUGAACGAAUUACAAAAUGAAGAAUUUUUAAUGUUUAGAGGGAAAAAAUUUAUACAUUUACCCGAUGAUUGCACUUUUAUUUGCUUAACAACUGAAGAGAAUCUUCAAUGUUUGACAAGUUGCACAGAUAUAUUUACGGACGGAACAUUCGACUAUGCUCCAAAAUUUUUUUUGCAAUUAUACACCAUUCAUGGCUAUAAAAACGGUGUUUACGUACCUUUGGUAUACUUUUUUUUAAAGGAUAAAUUUAAAAACACAUAUAUAAAUGUAUGGAAAUAUUUAAUUAAUAUAUGUGAAAAGCAAUCACUACUUUUUAAAAUUGAUAUAUUACAUAUUGAUUUUGAAAUUGGUGCUAUUCAAGCAACUAAAGAAGUUUUUCUUGAUGUCAAAAUUAAAACAUGCCGUUUUCACUUAGAACAAGCUUGGUGGCGCAAAAUUAAUGGCAAUACAAAGCUAAGAACGGCAUACAACGAUCAAAAAAACGAUUUACAAUUAUGGCUUAAAUCAUUUUUUGGACUUUCUUUCAUCGCUCCAGAUGACGUUGUAGAGCUAAUAAGUACGUGUCCAAAUAUUGCAGAUGGACAACUAUUUUCUGACUAUGUUCUGGAGACGUAUGUUGAACCUGGUUGUUUAUUUCCGCCUAUUUUAUGGGCUGAAACGCCAUCACUAAAUCCUAGAACUACAAACGGGGCAGAAAGUUUCCAUAGAACAUAUAACGCCCAGUUUACUAGCGCUCAUCCUCCGACAUUUGUUGUUAUAAGUACGCUUAUGGAAACUCAGGCAGAAACCGUCACUAAAUUAUCAACCAUUUCCAAAGGAAAAAUCAAGCCAAAAUCAAACGAAGAACUAAAGAAAAUCGAAUUUGUGAGUAAACAGCACAAAGAAUAUCAAAAAAAUAAAACACCAGAAAACUUACUUAAGUAUUUGGCCAUAAUUGGAAAUAGUUGGUACAAACAGCACGAGAGUCGUAAGGACAAACCCAAGACCGAUGGUGGCUUAGUCAACGACGAAUGA